UUUCUCUAUGAGCCUUUCUUCUUCUUACCCCUCCUCCUCCUUCUAUCUCUCUGUAACUCCACACUUCUCAUAAAUACUUUCUUUCUCCAUGUUCUCGAAUUAAGGCCAUCUGAGUCAUAUACUGCUCUAUCUUGAAAGCUUCUCGUAGCAACCUUUGUUAUUUAUGUGUGUGUACAGAUAUGUGCGUACACAGCGUAUGAAAACUUGGCUUCUGUGAGUAGAGAGAAAAGCGAGCACGUGGAAAGAGACCGAUUUGAGCUUGAAUCAUGCUUUGGGAGGACCUAUCCAACAUGGUUUUAUGUGCUACAAGUCUAACAUUAGGCUCACCAUGCAUGUUGGAGAAUGUAAUGCUGCCAGUGGGAAUUGGGUUUUUAUCAAUAUGGUUGAUUCAAAUUAUAAUAAAAGGUGUGGAAUCGAUCAGGAAGAGGAAGAACAAGGUCUCAGAUCAAGACACAGAGAUUCAUCCCACCGUGCUGGAGUAUGGUUUGGCUUGCAAAACCAGUAUAUUUUGCUGCACUUUACUUCUUGCAGUUCAUAUCUUGUUGCUUCUGAUGGUGGUAAAAGGUGAGACUCAGUGCAACUCAAAACUUGUGGUUUUUACAUCAGAGACAGUUCUGGUAUUAGCAUGGGCAAUCACAUUGAUAUCAGUGUGCAAGAUGCCCAAAGUCAAUGUAAAGUUCCCUUGGAUGAUAAGAUCAUGGUGGGUUUGCAGUUUUUUUUUGUGUAUUAUCAACUUAGCCUUUCAUAGCCACUUCAGAAUGAGCAAAAAGAAACAGAUUGGAUUGAGGGAAUAUGCAGAUUUGCUUGGCCUUCUUGCUUCAACGAUUCUAUUGGGAAUUUCAAUAUGGGGAAGAACUGGGAUCGUGUUGAUUGCCACGGAUGGAAUCUCUGAGCCACUCUUGAGUGAGAAAAGUGGCAAGGAUUCAGAAUCUCUCAAAAGGGAAUCUUUAUAUGGGAAAUCUACUUUCCUUCAACUCAUUACAUUCUCAUGGCUCAAUCCCUUGUUUGCGGUAGGGUAUAAGAAGGCCCUUGAACAGAGUGACAUUCCUGAUGUUGCCAUCGAAGAUUCUGCGGAAUUUCUAUCUUCAUCCUUUGAUGAGAGCAUAAGAAAUGUCAAGGAGGCUGAUGGGACCACAAAUCCAUCUAUCUAUAAGGCGAUCUAUCUAUUUGCUAGGAAGAAGGCUCUGAUCAAUGCAUGUUUUGCAGUGGUAAGUGCAGCAGCAUCAUAUGUUGGCCCAUACCUAAUCACUGACUUUGUGAGUUUCCUAGCCGAGAAGGGAAGCCUUGGGUUGAAUGAAGGAUACUUGUUGUCACUUGGAUUCUUAUGUGCCAAAAUGAUUGAGACAAUAACUCAGAGGCAAUGGAUUUUUGGCGCUCGACAAGCAGGUCUUCGCCUUAGAGUGGCAUUGAUAUCACACAUAUAUAAGAAGGGCUUGAAUCUAUCUAGUAAAUCGCGCCAAAGACACAGCGGUGGUGAGAUCAUGAACUAUAUGAGUGUAGAUGUGCAGAGAAUCACAGACUUCAUGUAUUACAUAAAUGUCAUAUGGAUGCUUCCAGUGCAAGUAACUUUAGCGGUCUGCAUUUUGCACACGAACCUUGGCUUGGGUUCAUUGGCUGCACUAGCUGCUACGCUGACAGUUAUGGGUAUGAACAUACCUCUUACAAGAAUACAGAAGAGAUACCAAUCUAAGAUCAUGGAGGCUAAGGAUAAUAGGAUGAAAGCCACAUCAGAAGUCCUUAGAAACAUGAAGACCCUGAAACUUCAAGCUUGGGAUACUGAAUUCCAGAACAGGUUAGAAGAACUGAGGGCAACAGAAUCCAUCUGGUUAUGGAAGUCAUUAAGACAAGGAGCAUUUUCUGCUUUUAUUUUCUGGGGAUCACCUACAUUUAUUUCCUUAGUAACCUUCUGGGUAUGUAUGUUGAUGGGGAUUGAACUAACAGCUGGAAGAGUUUUAUCUGCAUUCGCCACAUUUCGGAUGUUACAGGAUCCUAUAUUUAACUUACCUGAUUUACUCAACGUGGUCGCUCAAGGGAAAGUUUCGGUAGACAGAAUUGCUUCUUAUCUCAGGGAAGAGGAAGUUCAACAUAAUGCCAUUGAGUAUGUUCCAAGGGACCAUACACAGUUUGAUAUAGUUAUUGAAAAAGGAAGAUUCAGCUGGGAUUCUGAGCCAAGCAAUCCAACCCUUGAUGGAAUAGAUUUAAGAGUCAAAAGAGGAAUGAAGGUAGCACUUUGUGGGACUGUAGGUUCUGGAAAGUCUAGCCUACUUUCUAGCAUUUUGGGCGAAAUGUAUAAGCAGUCUGGGACUGUGAAGAUCGGUGGAACAAAAGCUUAUGUUCCGCAAUCACCAUGGAUAUUGACUGGGAAUUUUAGGGACAAUAUCACCUUUGGAAAGGAAUACAAUAGUGUCAAGUAUGAGAAGACUAUUGAAGCAUGUGCAUUGAUAAAGGACUUUGAGCUAUUCUCCUGUGGUGACCUGACAGAGAUUGGAGAAAGAGGGAUCAAUAUGAGUGGAGGACAGAAGCAGAGGAUACAAAUAGCACGUUCAGUAUAUCAAGAUGCCGAUAUAUAUCUCUUUGAUGACCCUUUUAGUGCUGUUGAUGCUCAUACUGGAAGCCACCUCUUCAAGGAGUGCCUUAUGGGGGUUCUCAGAGAAAAAACUAUACUUUAUGUUACCCACCAAGUAGAGUUUCUUCCAGCGGCAGACCUUAUUCUGGUGAUGCAAAAUGGAAGGAUUGCACAAGCUGGAACAUUUGAACAACUUCUAAAGCAAAAUAUUGGAUUUGAAGUUUUAGUUGGAGCCCAUAACCAAGCUUUAGAGUCAAUUCUCAUGGUUGAGAAUUCAAGUAGAAAAACUCUAAACUCAGCACCCGAGGGUGAAUCUAACGACAAUUCUCAGUCAAAUUCAGAACUUUCUCACACUCAACAUAACAUAGAGCAAGGAAGUCCGCCAGAGAUCAAUGAAAAAGAAGGUAAGCUUGUGCAAGAUGAAGAAAGAGAAAGAGGAAGCAUCUCAAGAGAAGUUUACUGGACCUAUUUGACCACUGUCAAAGGGGGUGCUCUAGUUCCUCUCAUACUUUUGGCUCAAUCUUCAUUCCAAGUACUUCAGGUUGCCAGUAACUAUUGGAUGGCUUGGGUUUGCCCUACAUCAAGUGAUGCCAAGCCUACAUUUAAAAUGGAUUUCAUACUACUUGUUUACAUGGCACUUUCUGUUGGGAGUGCAUUUUGCGUGCUCCUAAGAGCCAUACUAGUGGCAAAAGCAGGACUUUGGACUGCACAGAAAUUAUUUAUCAAUAUGCUGCAUAGUAUUCUUCGAGCACCAAUGUCAUUUUUUGAUUCAACUCCACAUGGCAGAAUUUUGAACAGGGCCUCCACAGAUCAAAGUGUGCUAGAUUUGGAAAUGGCAACCAAGUUAGGAUGGUGUGCUUUCUCAAUAAUACAGAUUCUGGGUACCAUUGCAGUGAUGUCACAGGUGGCAUGGCAAGUAUUUGUCAUCUUCAUUCCAGUAACUGCAGUCUGCGUAUGGUAUCAAAGAUACUAUACACCAACAGCAAGAGAACUGGCUCGCCUGUCACAAAUACAAAUAGCUCCAAUUCUGCACCAUUUUGCAGAAUCAUUGGCAGGAGUAGCAUCAAUUCGAGCUUUUGAUCAAGAAGGCCGUUUUGUAUAUUCAAAUCUUGAGCUCAUUGACAGCUACUCAAAACCGUGGUUCCAUAACGUAUCUGCAAUGGAAUGGCUUUCUUACAGAUUGAAUUUACUAUCCAAUUUUGUUUUUGCCUUCUCACUGGUUUUGCUUGUGGUCCUCCCAGAAGGAAUCAUCAAUCCAAGCAUUGCAGGGUUGGCAGUAACUUAUGGGAUCAAUUUGAAUGUCCUGCAAGCUUCAGUCAUAUGGAAUAUAUGUAAUGCAGAAAAUAAGAUGAUAUCUGUUGAAAGAAUUAUUCAGUACUCAAAUAUCAAAAGUGAAGCAGCUCUUGUAAUUGAAGAUUCUCGGCCUCCAAACAACUGGCCUGAAAUUGGAACAAUAUGUUUCAAAAAUCUGCAGAUACGUUAUGCGGAACAUCUGCCCUCUGUUCUGAAAAGCAUCAAUUGCACAUUUCCGGGAAGAAAGAAAAUUGGUGUCGUGGGACGAACUGGAAGUGGAAAAUCAACCUUAAUACAGGCCAUUUUCAGGAUUGUUGAACCUUGGGAAGGAAGCAUCGUAAUUGAUGAUUUGGAUAUAUGCAAGAUUGGUCUACAUGACUUAAGGUUGAGGCUUAGCAUCAUUCCACAAGAUCCCACAAUGUUUGAAGGCACAGUUAGAGGAAACUUGGACCCACUAGAGCAACACUCCGACAAGGAAGUGUGGGAGGCUUUGGAUAAAUGUCAGCUUGGUCAGCUCGUGAGAUCAAAGCAAGAGAAAUUGCAAGCCUCAGUGGUUGAAAAUGGAGAAAACUGGAGUGCAGGCCAAAGGCAACUAUUUUGCCUUGGAAGGGCCUUACUGAAGAAGAGUAGCAUACUUGUGCUGGAUGAAGCAACGGCAUCAGUUGAUUCUGCAACAGAUGGAGUGAUACAGAAGAUCAUCGGUCAAGAAUUCAAAGAUAGAACUGUCGUCACAAUAGCUCAUCGAAUCCACACUGUUAUCGAUAGCGAUUUGGUUUUGGUUCUAAGUGAUGGAAAAAUCGCACAGUUCGAUGCGCCAUCGAAGUUACUUGAAAGAGAAGAUUCCUUCUUUUCCAAACUCAUAAGGGAGUACUCAAGAAGGUCACAAAGUUUCAUUAGCUUGGCCACUCAAAAUGGCCAAUGAAUAUAAUAAGUUGAACAGCAUAAGGAAUUCAAUCUAUUGGAUAUGGCCCCAGUUAGUCACAUUUAAGGCCACUGAUUAGUAGGCAUUUGAAAUGGCCCCAAAGUGAAAAAAGAAAAGGAAAAUUCUGAAGCAGCAAUGGCUUCAUUCUGUAUUGCUUUAGUUAUUUGGAGGCUUAUGUUCAGGGGAAUAUAUCACAGAAGCAUUAAAGCUUCUUAUUCUUAUGUUGUACUCAUGAUAUAUGUAGUUUAGGUUAGAUGAUUUGGGUUGAGUUGGGCGCUGUAGAUGCAAUUUGGUUUUUAAGCUUAAUUAUUGGAGAAGCUAUUAUGCAUGUGUAAGUCUUUAAUAAUCUGGAUCUUUUGCAUCAAUGGCAAUCACAGAGAGACAAGCUCCAUAGAAAUAACAGAUCUCAUGUUUAUUUAUUUCUUUCA